AGAAGGACAUUAAAAUAAAAAAAUCCUUUACCUUACUGUUUUUAUAUAUUGUACUUUUUUGUAUUCGUAUUUUGUAUAUUUUGUGUUUUGUAUUUUAUUUAUUGUUCUUAUUCAAAAUGAAAUAAUAAUAAUUCUAUUAUUUUAUUUUUGACAACCCAGAAUAUUCAGAUUGUCGACUGAAAAGCACAGAUUUGAGAUUAUUAAUUUACUAAAAUGUAACGACUAACGACCUUGAACUUACUUGUAAACAAAACGAAAGUAGAACUACAACAUUUUGGUUGAAAAUAAUUACAAAUCCUGCCUGUGAUGUCGGUGUUCUACACAACUUCAGUUAAUUUAACGAAUUCAUUGUUAAAUAUGUGAAAAUGUGACGUUGAAUAAUGUUUAAAAGGCGAAGUAAGUCGAACUCCAACGGACUGGACAUCGCGAGAAUGAAACAAUAUUAAUUCCUUCACACAAUAUUUGUGGCAACUGUCGCUGAAUCUGACGCUACUUAUGCAACGUUCACCAGGACAGGUAGUAUUGGACCAUGGUCACCAUCACCCUCAACACGAGCUCUGCUGAACAGGUAUAGCGACGAGGUGGUUGUCUGUAAGAGUCUGACACUCUCUCUCGCCUCACCCAAGGCUGGAGAAGUCAUUGGAUGAUUUUCUUCCUCUAAAAAAGGUAUAUCGGGUCCGAAAUAAGUUGUUAUACUGAAUUAAAUACCAGCAACCUCUAACACACUUGUGAGACACAGUUGUCAGUAAGAGUCUGACUGUUCCUUUAUCUUCAACGGCACUUGAUGACACAAAACCCGGUAUUGGUUAGAAGCACAGCAACACUGCCAAAAUGUAUAGGAAACGAGAAGGAACGUCCGGCAUUAAAGGCCAGCUUUACGAAACAAAAUUAAUCAGCCUGAUUAACUUCAGAGCAAAGUUCGACAACAGCCUCAAAGAUUUCUAUCUAGCGGCCAACAUAGCAGACAUAGGCACAUUUGACGAUAUAUGCUUCAGAGCUAAAGCGAAAAUUGGGAAAAAUAAUAAACAAAUCGCCAUUUUCAUUCAAGCGAAACACAGAGAAGCAGACAAAACUGUUUUGACGCUAAACAGCGCAAACGACUUAUCUAAAUGGUUUACCAGCUACCUCACCAUCAAACGUUCCUUCAAACAAGACACCAAAGACGUCUUCUUUAAGGGAAAAUUUCAAGACAUUGACUCUUAUUUCAUUAUGUAUACAACAGCUAAAGAUGAUCGCGAUAAUGUACGAUUUGACACAGAAGUGGCUCAUAAACUCAACAGUUUAAUAGCUACAGGGAACGAUGCCGUCCAGCCGAAUCACAAAGAAACACAUGUGGAAUUCCUAUGUGACAUAGUCAUGAAGGAACAGCUAGUCGAGCUGGCUACUGUAUUUGCAGAAUUUGUAAAUAAAGACGACAAUACUGUGUUGUCAAUGAACAACGAUCUGAUACUCAUUUACCACGUGAUUCUGGCGAAAAAGUUCUUCCUUAUAAGCGAGAUUCGGAAUAAAAACGAAGACAGUGAACACAGAAUCGCUCGUUUUCGUAGUGAGUUUUACACAAGCGAUGAUGAAUUUAUGAAAUUAUUCAGAGACACGCUUUACAAAGAAAUUCUAAAGAAAAGAGCACUUGAUGAUGUCACUAGGAAUGAACUGCUAGCAAAGCUACUUGAGGAACCUUUAGAUGUUCAAAUAUUGGCAAAACUUAUACACAGCGUUGUGACACUAAACAAAGAUAAUGGAAAACUGGAAUUUGUCAACAAAUCUGUGGGUGAAGAUUUAAGACAUAGAUUGGAAAAGGUAAAAGUCCUCCGGGCGAAUGUACAUGAGGCCAUUUCCAUAGCCGCGGAAGAGAUACUGAGACCAAAGGAAAUUAAAGUUCCAGUGCCAUUCGGCAACAAAGAUCUCACAGUGAGAGGGAGUGAAGAUACUAAUGACGAUUUCACAGCAGACAGCAUACUUGUGAAAGUCAAAAACAAAAUGGUGGAAAUGUUAUUGCAAUCCACCCGGGAAAUAUAGUCACGAUAGACAAAAAUGUGGAAAAAGAAUUUUCGAAAAUCAACAUCGAUUUAGCUAGUAUUGUGGGGAAUAUUUUAAUAGCAGACCAAAAUAGUGAAUACAUGAAAUUCUCAGACAAUACCGACACACUAGGUGACAUUGCGAAACAGUUGUUUUCCGAACUACAAUCCGCAAUACCAAAUUUACAAGAUUUUAAAUUUAAUGUAGAUGUUGAAACGUUUCCAGUGCUUUCUUUUGAGAAGAUAGAUUUAAUAGAAGAUGAUAUUUCAGCUCUCGCGACAACUAUUGGUACGUUUCUGAAUAAAAACACUGAUUCUGUGAUGCCAACGACAGAUAAUAUCCUACGACGAUACCACGUGGCUCUCACACAUAAAGUAUUGGACAUUUCUGAGAUUAUGGGUGAAGACGACGAUGCGUACAGACUGGCGACAUUCCAACAAGACUUCUUUGAGUCAGAAGAAGAUCCGCUCGUGUUAUUUAAACGACAUUUAUAUGCCGAAGUACUGAGAGGAAGGAAUUUACAUGAAAAUGAACUUGAAGGGUCGUUGGAACAGCCUCAAUCGGUAGUAGACGAGGCUGCAAAGAAACUAUUAAUGAACCGAGAGUUUAAAGUCUCAACCGCUUUCGGAAACAAAGACAUCAAACUUAAGAAAAGUAAAGCAGAAAAAAGAUUAGACCAUUUGAAAAUGAAACUGUGUGAACUGAUGAGUAAAUCAAGUGACGAUAAAGUUGUUACUAUUGAAAAGUCUCUGGGAGAAGGUUUUCUAAAGCUCACUGGAGGCAUCGCAGGCAUCGUCGGGAAUAUUUUGGUUCUAGACGAAGAUACGCACCUUUUUAAAUUCACCGACAAUUGGGAAUCGCUAGAAGACACUUCCAAAAGGCUGUUCACAAAACUGAAGAGGAAGACUCCCAAUUUACAUGAAUAUAAAUUCAACGUAAUCGUCGAAAGAUUCCCGAAGCUCUCGUUCAAAAGAAGUGGAGACGAUGAAAAGGUGGCGAAAGAUUUCUUGAACAGACUUCUGUUUUACACAAACCAAGCUGACGAGAGAGGCGUCGAGAAACGAUUAAAAGACGAAAUUGAAGAUCACCAAUGUUUAAACGUCGACAGUAUCAAAGUGACAGCCGACGCCAUUUUCUUACAAUACCACGAUCAAAUACAACAAUGGUGGAUGUUGAAGGAGGCCGAGUAUCUCACGAAAAAGAGUUCGCAUUACGAAGACGCCUUGAAGUUGAUCGUCGACAAACCCCUUUUGUCAGUGUUUAGUAAAAUGUACGCGAUGAAAAUGGGGAACAUUUUUGAUAUAACUUUCAAUGAGCACGCGGUGAAAUCAUUGAAUCUAACAGAGAAAUCAACAAACGUCAUUUUCGUAACGGAAAAUAUUCCUUUGACAGUAGUAAAACUGAUGCAGUCUUUGAACAAAUUCAAACACACUGUCAUGGAUUUACAAGAUCUACUUCAAACGAAAGACUACUCUACACUUGUUGCAGAACUAACAAAAAUAGAACAAAACAAAAUUAUAAUACUAGCGUGCGACAACAUACAAAGAAGCUCAAAUAAAAGAUUAGAAAAUAUUUCAAAUAUUUUGAAUGAAAAACGGAUAAUUAUCGUCACAAAUACAGCUGUGCUAGACACGGUCCAGAUAUAUUUUAAAGAUAUAAAAGAAAUAAGAGACGACAGAUGUAGUCUUGCAGACAUGAGUGAGAAGUCACAGAAAACUGUUUUACAAGCAAAAGUAAAUUUUCAAGAUGUCGAAGUGACAUUAGACACAAUCGUUGACGAGGAAUCGAUGCAAACCGUCGAAGGAGUUGUUUUAAACGACUUUAUUAAUAACGAAACAAGAUGUUUUAGUAACUCGGUUACAAAUGUAAAUUAUGAGAAAGUUAAACAUCUUUACGUGGACAGAAGAGUGUGUAUAGUGUGUAAGGCUACAGAGGCCAGGUAUAUUAUUCCUAAACAAAUAGUACUUUCCGAUCUAAAUGGCUUGUCGAAGGUAGUCCUGUUGACUGCAAAGCCAGGCAUGGGAAAAUCAACUUUAUUGACCCACUUGUCUAUUAAAACUAAAGAGUGUAACCCAGCAACUUGGAUAGCGAGAGUCAACUUGCUGGAUCAUUGUGAAAAAUUCAAUAAAUGGCAAGAAAACAAAGUGAGAAUUGAUAUUUUAGAAACUUUGAAGUUUUUGUGUCCAAUUAUUGUCGGAGGGAAUGGAAAGAGCGACUUGGAGUUCGAUUUAGAGGAAUCGGAAGGUGAAGUACAACUAAAAUCGUGUCGUAUAGACAAUCCCUGGACAGUGUUUGAAAUAAAAAUGUUCCUAGACUACUUCAAUAGGAAGGAACUUAUCUUUUUAUUCGAUGGUUUCGAUGAGAUAUGUCCGCUCUAUACAGAAGUGGUAAUGUCCUUAUUAAAAGUUGUGCGGAAUUACACAAAUAGACAUGUAAUGUGGAUCACGAGUAGGUUUUACGAGAAGGUGAUGUCAAGAUUGGAACAAGAGUUUGGUCUACCGUAUGAAGUUAAGGAAUUCAACGAUGCCGAACUUGACGGAUAUUUGUGGAAAUAUUGGCAAUCAACAAUUAUAUUGAGGACUUUGAACAAACGUCAGUGCAAUAACUUGUGUAGCUUCAUGGAGUUUAUGUCUGUAUAUUACUAUAAUUCGGAUAGGCCAAGAUCGUUGAAAGCCCUGAUUAAACAAAAGGAAAAUUAUCAAAUUUUAUUUCUGACAGUUUGUUUCAAUUUUUUACACUAUCUGAGGAAGGAGCUCAACAUCUGCCCUGACGAUGUGAUGCAAACGUUUAACCUGUUUUUCCACGACUGCACACAUUCUUUCCGAUUUGUGGAUCGCUUCGAUACCCCGUUACACCUUUACCUAUGCGCCAAUUAUUUCCAAAACCAAGUAAAUGAUGAAAGGAUAACACCAAACAGAUGGAACUUAGACAUAAACGCUUUCACAGUUUACGACAACUUUAUUGAAACAAAACUCAAAACUAUAAGAUUUCAAGAGAAAAAUAAAAUUGAUUUGCACAAUCCAGACAAUUUGACGAUUUACGAGAAAAUUCGUGAGGUCUUCUUCGUGAAACAUUACAAAUUGGGCGCGUAUGCUGUCUUUAAUCAGGACCUUAGCAAAAUAUUUGACGAAAAGGAUUUAUCUAAAAUAAGAAAAACUAUAGAAAAUAUUAAAAUUGGCACGGAAAAGACUGGACUGGUUCAGAGCAUCAUUAACGGUAUACCCACAUUUAUACAUAGGACGUUCACCGAAUAUUUCGCAGUCGAAUAUAUUUGUCAAUUAUUGAAAUCGGCCACAGGGACGGAAAGCCAAAGAAAGAUUUGGGACUUCAUUUUAAACGUCUUAUUUUUAAAAUGUGACAGGAACGUUCGUCAAAUUUUUAGCUACAGAUUAAAAACAGACAAUGUGUUGAAAGCAACAGUAUAUGAGCAUGGUGAAACAAUUUUUGAUUUGUUAUUGACGCAGGGGACGGGCCUUUACGCUUACAAUCCAGUUGAUUUCAGCAAGGAAUUGUAUUUAAAGAUAAGAAUUCCUUUCAUGAGUGCCAUGGAGGAUGGUCUAGUAAACUUUGUUGAAAUCAUAAGCCGUCUACAACGGUUCUGUAUGUACGUGUUUUCAGAAAUGACGCCCCAUCUCUUCCCCAGUCUAAUAUCAGGUGAGGCUCUAUUAAGGGAGUUCGACAUAUAUCACGAAACAUCACGAUGGGGAGAUUAUCUUCUAUACUUAUAAUAAAUCUGUAGAGAGGUCAAUUCUGUACAUGAAAUAUAUUUCCAAAAUAACUAUCAGCGGGUGAUUAGUGAUCGAUACUGACGCCAAAAAUGCGAUCAGAAAAAUUUUUGUCUGUCUGUCUGUCUGUCUAUAUGUACGUUAUAGAAACAAAAACCACUCAACAGAUUUCAACAAAACUUGGUACAAUUGUUCUUCAUACUCCUGGGCAGGUUAUAGUAUACUUUUCAUCACGCUACGAUCAAUAGGAGCAGAGCAGUGAAGGGAAAUGUUGGGAAAACAGGAGAACUUACUCCAUUUUUUAAGCUUCCGUCGCGUGUGCAGCCUUAAUGGUUAAAGCUACACAGAAAUAAUGUAUGACGGAAAUGUUCUCCUUAAAAUUUUUAAAAAAUAUUCCACGACAGCAAAUGUCUAUCUCUUAUGGUUGACUCACAAUAACACGUAUAACUCCCGAUAGCUUAGCAGUUUGGAGCUUUCUGAUUAUAUUUGUCUACUCUUACGUUUAUAACACUCUCAUUCAUUCAUUCAUUCAUUCAUUCAUUCAUAUUAUAAUAAAUCUGUAGAAGGGUCAAUUCUGUACUGUGUAUUGAAAAUAUUGAAAUAAUAAAUAGCAGGGGUGUUACUGGAUCCGAUACCAAACCCAAAUAUGUGAUUAAAAAUGUUUUUGUCUGUCUUUCGACGACUUUCUAACGGUUCGAUGUCGAUGAAACUUGGUAUAAUUAUAACUUAUUAUCCUGGGCAUAAAAUAGGAUACUUUUUAUCCUGGAAAAAUACGAAGAAAA